UAAUGUGAAAACCCGUGAGUUUUUUUGCAUUUAAUAAAUCCCCUCUGAGCUCCGAGCCCGUGGAACCGUGAAUAGUCAAUAAAUUGAUUGGCAAUCGAACCAGCGCCCCUUCCGUUCACAGUGACCGCGAGUGCAGCGAGAGUGCAGAGAUCAAUCGAAUCGAAAUAAAGUCGCAAAGGUAAAUCGACGUCGACGACAGCGGAAUACCUAAGAGCCACACGGCCACAGAGAGCGACAGAAUAAAGAAACAAGGAAACAUUUGCACGCCAGCGGAGCAACUGCACCAGCCAGAGCCAGCGACAAGAAAAACCACUUCAACAAAAGAGGAUAACAUACUGGAAGUGCUCCAGCACACACACACACACCGGCCAGGCCAGCAUACACACCAUACCAUACACACAACGCUCGCUUGUUGUACGUGCCCGACGACGGUGGGAAAGUAAACCGACAUCUUUUUACGAGCGCCGAGAGUUUUGCAAUCAGAAGAAGUCGGAGAGCCGAGGCGAUCGGGCAGCCCUUUGAUAAGAGAGAGAGAGAGCAGGCAGGCACGGUGACGCGGCGGCGCAGAGGAACGAAAGAGAAGAAGGAGAGGAACAGGUUGCCAAGUCGAACGCGCAACGAAUUUGGAAAUCGAGUCAGCCAGCCAGCCAGCCGAAAGUGCGUGAGCGUGUUCGCUUCGUAGCUUCGUAACAUAGAGACCCGAAACCCGGACUUGCAUUUAGCCCAGCCCAACAGCCAACCAGCAACUUGAAGGGUUCCAAACCCCGAAAAUCCAUGAGCAGCAGCUGAGCCAGCGGCGCGCAGCUGAAACGGAAACCGCACUAAGACCUCAGACUUUAGAGCCGCAAAGACACACUUACUCACAGCCACUCCAAAUGAAAACGCUAGUGCUCAGUCCAGACGACCUGCAGAACUUCAACAAGUUCAUCUAUGACCCCAAAUCGGCGGCCCAACUGGCUGCCAGUGCGGGCGCCAUUGGAGCAGCAGCGGCGGCGGCUGCAGCCGUACAUGGCCCACCCGUAGGAGCGGGCACCACAGUCCAGCUGCUCCAGGGUGGAGUAGGCAACGGUAUUACUGUCAAUCCCGGUGUAGUGCCCGUCUCCGUGCCCGUACCCACCAGCACAGCCAGCAGUGCCAAUAACCUUAUGGCCCUGCACUACUACCUGAAGCAUCCGGGCAUCCAGCAGAUGCCCAUUCCACAGCAACAGCAGCAGCACCAACAGCAGCAACAGCACCACCAGCAGCACCAGCAACAGUUGCUGGCCCAGUCGCAGACGCAGCUGAAGCAGCUGCAGCUCAAGCAGCCAACAAUCCACCAGCACCAGCAGCACAUUAGCUACCAUCACCACCAUCCGUACUACCAGCAGCAACCGCAGCAGCAGCAGCAGGCGCCACCGCCACAGCCGCAGCCUCUCAAGAGUCAGCAGCCACAAUCGCACCUGCCCGUGCAUGCCCUCAACCAGAACUCAAACUUCUCGGCAGCCAGCUCGAGUACGGGCGGCACUGCCUCCAGCCAUGCGCCCACCCAACAGUCGAACGGAUCCAGCGUCUCGCCCACCAUUGUGUCCCGGGUAGCGGCGGUUGGUGCUCCUAGCAGCAGCAAUAUUGCAGCGGCCGCCAAUGCGCUCUUACGCGCUUCAGCCGCCUCUGUCGCUCCAAGCUCAUCCGCCUCCUCGUCCUCAUCGUCUUCAUCAUCCGCGUCGUCGAGCUCCUCGUCCAGCAGCUCUUCCUCCAGCGCUAGCAGCUCAGCGAACUGUGCCAAGAAGCUUAAAACGGAGCCAGUGCUGUCGCAGUACAAUCAAACGGAGCGCCUCAACUUCGCCAACACGUACAUUGUGUGGAGCGAGGAGCAUUGGCGGCGAGUGGUGUUCCAUGACGAGCGCCGGUUCAAUUUGGACGGACCUGAUGGCUUCUCCUAUUAUUUCCACGAUUUGCGCAACUACGAGCGCACGCUGUCGCAACGACCGCGCGGCAACUCUGUGUACAUCUACCUGAUGGUCUGCGUCGGCGGAGCCCUGCAUCUGGAGGUGUCGUCGGCCAAGCAGCGACCAGAGUCGUGCAUCGAGGCAAUCAUGAGGGAGCGACCGAAUAUUGUCACGAAACUGGGCGGCAGCACUGAGUUUGUCCUGCAGGAUCACAACUGGAUGUCCCACGCCCUGCCCACCGCCCAGGAUCUGCUGAAUGCCGAGGGGUUGAAGACACAAAAGUGGCCGACCAUUGCGCACGAUCUGAACAUCAUGGAGAACGUGUGGGGCUGGCUCAUCCGCGAGGUGUUCGACGGCGGUAGGAAGUUUUCUCGCAAGGACGACUUGAUUUUCCGCAUCAAGGAGGCGUGGUCCCGCCUGCCUCUUGACCUGAUCACCAACCUGUACAGCACGCUGCCGGAACGGAUCACGGAGCUCUAUUACACGCAGGGCGUCUACACGAAUUGUUGACAGCGGCGGCAGCAGCAGCAGCAGCAUAUGGAGGGAGCAGCAAGUGGUUCGGGUCACGCCAGGCAGAGGAGGCGAGAUUGCGUCCGAGGAGAACCUCAGGAGCCAGCAUCCGCUGGAGGAGACCCGAAAACGAUGGAAGCAAAUCUUUAUAUACAAUUUAACUUAACUUUUUGUGUAUAGCUUUAAGAUGUGCGCGCAACGGCGGAGCGUGGCUAACAGGACUUGGACCUUAGACUCGGGACUGAAGGCAAGAAAGACAGACAGAGACGAACGGAGGGACGGAUGGACCGACCUGGGUUAUAAGUUAUAUAAAGUUUUUUAGUUAUUUAACAAAUUUACGAAAGAGAAAAUAGAAACAGCAACACGAUACACACAUCGUGUGGCCAUAUCGCUUUGUAAUUAGUGUUUUCCCCCCACCCACACCUAACUCUAUCCCCCCAUAAAGCCCUCUUAAUUAUUAAGCCUUAGUUUAAGUUGUCGUUUUCCUUUAUCCCCCCGCUAUUAAGUACAUUUAUAUACAAAUAUAUUAGUUACAAACCAUUUUAUUUGAGCCCCCAA